AUGCUGGAGUUUUGUACUCAGCUUGAGAAGAAAGCCCAAAGUGAGAAGAUUGAAAUCCUGAAAAGGCUGGGAGUUUGUUUUGGCUGUUUGUGUAUUGGUCACAUCAGUAAGGAGUGCAGGAAACGUCUUUCUUGCAAAACAUGUGGCUUAAGGCACCCUAGUAUGCUUCAUAUCCAUCGCAAAGAUAAGGAAGCAGAAGAAGAAAAAGGUAGGAACAACACAGAGAGUGCAGUGGGCAGUUCUUUGGUUGCAGUUCAAACCAGUGGUCUUACUGGGGCCGGCGAACAAGAUUUUAAGCUUGCCAUUGUUCCAGUAAAAGUUAAAUCAAAGAGUGGGCAAAGGAUAGUGGAGACCUAUGCCUUUUUGGAUCAGGGCAGUUCAGCAUCCUUCUGCACAAUGGGUUUGAUGGAUAGAUUGAAUCUCUCUGGGAGGAAAACAAAAAUUCUUUUCCGCACCAUGGGCCAAGAGAGAAUUGUGGACAGUUGUAUUGUGUCGAACUUGGAAGUGGCUGGAUUAGACAGUGAUUGGUACUGUGAAAUGCCAGAUAUCUUCACACAACCUAAGAUGCCUGUGAAUAGGAGUAACAUCCCACGACAGGAAGAUUUGCAUAAAUGGCCUCAUUUGAAACAUGUGUACUUGCCUGAGAUGAAUACAGAUGUGGAGCUUCUGAUAGGCAUGAAUGUGCCCAGAGCUUUGGAACCACUUGAAAUCAUCCGGAGUGUGGAUGAAGCGCCGUAUGCCAUCAAGACAAUGCUUGGUUGGACUGUAAAUGGACCCCUUGGUGGAGAAUGUUGUGAUGGACCUGAUAUGUUUGAGUCUACAUUUACCAUCAAUAGAAUUUCUGCUGUAACACUUGAUGAACUCUGGAAACAACAGUUCAAGACAGACUUUCCAGAAUGCAGUCAGGAGGAACAGCUAGGACUUUCAAGGGAUGACUGUAGGUUCUUAGAAAUGGCUAACGAUACUGUGAAAUUAGUUGAUGGUCAUUACAAUAUUGCUUUACCUCUGAAGGACAGAAAGAUAAGCAUGCCUAACAACCGUAACAUUGCAGAACAACGCAUCCUUAACCUGAAGAAAAGGUUUAUCAGAGAUGCAUUAUUCCAUAAGGACUAUACUGCUUUCAUGAAUAACCUUAUAUCCAGUGGCUAUGCAGAGAGAGUUCCAACCACAGAUCUGGACCGCAGUGAUGGUAAGGUUUGGUAUAUCCCACAUCAUGGGGUAUACCAUCCGAAGAAAGGAAAGAUCAGAGUUGUCUUUGAUUGUGCAGCAUCAUUUCAAGGCAUAUCACUCAACGCACAACUACUGAAUGGUCCGGAUUUGACUAGUUCAUUGACUGGAGUCCUGACCAGGUUUAGGAAAGAGCCUGUUGUUUUGAUGUCUGAUAUCGAGGCAAUGUUUCAUCAGGUUCAAGUACCUGAGGAGGAUGCAGACCUGUUGAGAUUUCUUUGGUGGUCCAGUGGAGACUUCAGUCAACGUUUGGAGGAGUACAGGAUGGUUGUCCAUUUGUUUGGGGCAACGUCUUCUCCAAGCUGCGCUAACUUUGCUUUACGGAGGUGUGCAGAAGACAAUAAAGACUUCUUCAGCCAGCAAGUGAUUGAGACCAUUAUGUAUAGCUUCUAUGUGGAUGACUGCCUUGCUUCUGUAGUCUCAGAACAGGAAGCUAUAUCCCUCUAUAAAGGCCUUAAAUCCAUCUGUGCCAGGGGUGGCUUUCAUCUAACGAAAUGGAUAAGCAACAGUCGCAGUGUGUUGGCCUCAAUACCUGAGGAGGAGAGAGCAAAAGAAGUUAAAGAUUUGGAUCUGGACCAUGACUCACUACCUGUUGAAAGAGCACUGGGUGUGCGUUGGUGCAUCCAGUCUGACACCUUUAAGUUCAGCAUAACUAUUCAGGAGAGACCAUUGACUCGCAGAGGGAUCCUUUCAACUGUCAGCUCUUUCUACGACCCUCUGGGGAUCCUAGCGCCUGUGGUUUUUACAGCUAAAAGAAUUCUUCAGGACCUUUGUUGGAGCAAGCUAGGAUGGGAUGACUUCAUACCAGUAGCAGCUGCCCAGGAAUGGAUAGACUGGUUGAAGGAGCUUCAUCACUUGGAAGGCUUCAGCAUCAGACGAUGUUUAAAACCUUUGAACUUUGGAAAAGCUGCCACCGCUCAGUUGCAUCAUUUUGCCGAUGCAAGUGAGGAAGGAUAUGGUACUGUCACCUAUUUGCUGCUGCGUAAUGAACACUCUCAGAUACACAGUGCUUUCAUAAUGGGAAAAUCCAGGGUGGCACCUUUAAAGCCUGUUACUAUCCCACGUAUGGAGUUGAUAGCUGCUGUUGUAGCAGCUCGUAUGGAUAAACUGUGGAGAAAGGAGCUGAGACUACAGCUUCAAGAUUCAGUUUUCUGGACAGAUAGCACCUCUGUAUUAAAAUACAUUAAGAAUGAAACUUCAAGAUUUCGUAUCUUUGUGGCAAACAGGGUCUCAGAGAUUCUCAAGGUUUCUAAUGCAUCUCAAUGGAGAUUUGUGAACACCACACACAAUCCAGCAGAUCUUGCCUCUAGAGGUGCAAGGGUGGAACCAUUCCUAAACAAUGAAACUUGGAUUUCUGGUCCCUCAUUUCUCUUGCAGUCAGAAGAAGACUGGCCUGUUAACCCAGAUGAAUUACAAGACCUUCCACCUGGAGACCCUGAGGUCAAGGUAUCAGCUGCAAUUGGAGUUUCCGCAAUAAAGGAUGAAAAUGAUGCUGUGACUUGUUUGAUCAAUCGCGCCUCAUCUUGGACACACCUAACAAGAGUGAUGGGCUGGGUCCGAAGAUUCAAGGCUUUGUUUUUGAAUCUUAGGAGAAUGAAGAAGACCACUGAACAUCCUACUCCGCCUGUGUCAGAUGCAAUUCAACGGGAAGAUGCUCUCACCAAGUAUGCGUGUGAUUUCAAGAAUAAGCUCUGUAGUGGUUAUCUCUCAUUGGGAGAAAUUAGAGAAGCUGAAAUUGAAAUAAUUAGGUUUUGUCAGGAGAGAAGGUACUCAGAAGAGUUCUCCCUGCUCCAAAAGGGAAGUAGUGUUAAAGGAAACAGUCAUCUAAAUAAGCUCAAUCCAAUAUUGGAAGAUGGUGUGCUAAGAGUUGGAGGACGGUUAAGUAAAGCUGCCAUGCCUGAAGAGUCGAAACACCCUGCCAUAUUAGCUAAAGACCUUCAUAUAUCUGACCUCAUUCUACGACAUAUUCAUCAAGAGGUUGGUCAUGGAGGUAGAAAUUAUAUGUUGUCAAGACUACGCCAGAAAUAUUGGAUCCCUGGCGUUAGUGGUUCCAUAAGGAAAAUUUUGGCAAAAUGUGUGGUGUGUCGGCGGCUACAUGGAGCUGCAGGGCAACAGCAGAUGGCAGACUUACCUAAAGACAGACUUUCUCCAGAAGAACCUCCCUUCAGCCAUGUUGGAGUCGACUACUUUGGUCCGUUUGAGGUCAAGCGUGAUUCUUGCAUUAAUGCAUUGCGACGCUUUAUCGCAAGAAGAGGACAGGUCAAAGAGUUGCGAUCAGACAAUGGCACCAACUUUGUCGGCGCAGAGCGUGAGUUGAGACGAUCCAUUGAAGGAUGGAACUUGGAACAGAUCAAUAAUGCACUCUCUUUAAAAGGAAUAAAAUGGACCUUCAACCCUCCCACAGGAUCACAUCAUGGAGGAGCAUGGGAGAGGUUGAUUCGUUCUGUCAGAAAGGUCCUUAACUCUACCUUGAGGACACAAAGUCUGGAUGAGGAAGCACUUCACACAGUGCUCUGCGAAGUGGAAUCAAUUCUCAACAGUAGACCCAUAACCAAGGAAUCCACAGAUCCAAAUGACCUGGAGGCACUAACUCCGAACCACCUUCUGCUUCUUAAAACUAAACCAUGUUUACCUAUUGGGCUAUUUCAGAAAGAGGACAUGUAUGCACGGCGAAGAUGGAAGCAAGUUCAAUACAUGGCGGACUUGUUUUGGAAAAGGUGGAUUAAGGAAUAUCUACCACAACUGCAGGAACGACAAAAAUGGACAAAGAUCAAGCGGAAUUUCAUUCCUGGAGACAUCAUUCUUGUGGUAGAUGAUUCUGCGCCCCGCAACUCCUGGGUCAUUGGAAGGAUAACUGAAGUGGUGCCAGACAGAAGAGGACUCGUGAGACAAGUCUGGAUAAAGACCCAAACUAGCCGUAUAUGCAGGCCCGUAACCAAGAUCUGCCUUCUUCAGGAGUCAGCUGAAUUCUGA